CAGACCACUUAAAUACGUUGACGACAACCCCUGAAACAGAUGUAAAGAACGCUGCAAGGUGGGAACAAAAUCGUAAACUAAAAUUUUUGGAAAACGGAGAGGAAGGAGAGCUAAACGAUUUGCUACAGGAUAAAUUGCUCGGUGUUCAUUAUUCCGCAGCUAUCCAAUCGGAGGACGCGGUGGAGCAGAAAGAAGACCCCCAAGAUAUUAUGACAACUUGGUACAGAAAAUAUUGUAAAAAGCAUAAGGUCCGGGCACGUCUACCCGUUCUAAAGCGAAUCAGAUACGCAUGCAACCACCUGAACUUUAAACUUCAGGAGUUGGGUUUAACGAGAGACGAAUUUCUUCCUUUAAUUUGCCUGAUUCAAGAAUGUGGUCGCGUUGAAGAGGUGGAUUUCAGUUUCAACAGCGUUGGUGCCUUUGGAUUGAAAGUUAUCAGGCCAAUUCUUUUGAAAAAUCCUUUUCUCGUUGCUCUAUAUAACAAGGGGUUGCAUCUGUUGGACCUCUCGUGGAAUGGUUUCGCACUACGUGGGACAGAAGCACUAUGCGAAGGACUGACGCGGAACAAUUCACUAGAAGAGCUUGACCUAAAGUCAAAUCGGAUUGAACUGCGGGCGGUUCUACCUUUGACCAAGGCAUUACAGCAAAAUUCAACGCUAAAAGUUUUGCGCCUUGGUUUGAAUCCUCUGACAGUGAGUGGUGUUCACCAACUAUUGCAUAUACUUGAACAUACAGCAACAAGCGGACUGACGGUUUUAGACCUAGAGGGCAUGCAACUCACUGAAAAACUCACCCAAAUCGCCCAUCGAAUUUCGAAUUUGAGACGAUUCACCUUGCUGAAUGAAAACUGCGUCUCUUGGGAAACUCGCGGAGGAAAGUAUGCCAAGCAAGACCCGAUGACCUUCUUGAUGAAUUAUCUGAACAAGCAUGGAAUCAGGAUUGUUGACUUUUACCGUUUAAUUGAUUUGCAACAAACGGGAAUGCUAAGUCGCGCAGAUUUCAUCGAAGGUAUACUGCAGCAAAAGAUCCCACUGAACGCAAACGAUUUGCAAACCAUUCUGGAUUACAUUGACCCCGAAAACACCAAUCAGAUUACUCAUCAACUAUUCUUCAGUCGGAUGUACCUUUACCGAAUCACGGUGCGCGAUCAAAUCCGAAUCCGGGCUGGUGAAUUUUCCAAGCAUCAGUUGGACCAAAAUCGGCUGUUUGUAAGGCCGAAAGGUCUACCAGAUAUCGAGAAACCACCCGAGGGAUUUCCAUCAAAAUCCAAAGCAAACAUGCAGAUGAAACCAAAAGGUGACAAAGGCGAAUUCGGGGAAUUAAAUGGGGUGGAAAGGGUAGUCGCUUCCAAAGAAUCCAUGGACAAGAAGAUGCCACCGGUGUCUAUUACAGUCAAAGGCUGCAAACUAGACGAACGAGCUGUGUCAAGUAUGGAGUUUUUGCGCAAGCUGGAGCAAGGAGACACCAAAAGUGGGACGCUUAACUCGGAGUCCUCGAGUGACAACAUACUGGUCCCCAUUUUGGACGUCUUCGAUGAAUCAUAUUUCCGUUACGUUUCAUCGCUGUGAUCAUUUCCAUUUUCACCGCGCUUGGACUUAUGUUGCCAAUGGAAAGACAUCUUGUCUCUUCAUUUCCCCGCUUACUCUGCUUCCUCAGAUCCAGCUGAGCCUUCCUCACAGUCCGACAUGAUAAUUCUCCAUUUG